UAACUGUAACAACUUUCAGGCGAGAAAAAAGGAGAUGAGCGCGACGACGGAGCUGCCGACGAAAGAGGCGAACUUGCUCAAAGGCCACGAAGGGGCGGUUUUAGCGGCGAGGUUUAACGGCGACGGAAACUACGCUCUCACGUGCGGCAAGGAUCGAACCAUCCGCCUAUGGAACCCUCACCGCGGAAUCCUAAUCAAGACGUACAAAUCCCAUGGCCGCGAGAUCGGCGACGUUCAUGUUACUUCAUACAAUGCCAAAUUUUGUUCAUGUGGUGGUGGUAGACAAGUUUAUUACUGGGAUGUUUGGACGCUGUUAACGAUGCGUGGGAAGUUAAAGGGAACAGAAUGGGAUCCCGAGACAUCUCACCGGAUCAACUUUAGCGAUUUCAUGAAGCUCUUAGAUUCCAACUGUGUUCAGUACAUGGAGUACUCAAAUUACGGACAGACAAUUUCAGUCAUAUUGCCUUAUUGUAAAGAUGAGGAGCCUCUAGGAGAAGAAGAAGACACGAAAAGGGAGAUAAUUCAAUUUUGGAUCGAAUGCCAAUUUGUUGGUUUGAAUGAUGUUUUGACCAAGCUGCAUCAGCAGAUAGCCAAUGUAGAGGUUUUCAACGUAGAUGUGGUUCCAGCUGAAGUCUACACUACAGUUGCCACUUUUGUGGUUUGGUCUAUGAGACUUGCUCUGUUUGUUUCGCUUUACGUUUGGAUCGACAAUAUAACGAGACCAAUCUAUGCUAAGUUACUACAUCACAAGUUACUGAUGCUGCGGAGGCAUCUGUCAGGAGUCUUCCUCCUUCUGCCGUUGGGGAUUCUUGGAAUUUUUGAUGCUAUGGGUCUUUUAGCCGCAAGUAGAGGCAAGCACAUGGAAGCUUUUGUUGAGCAAGUCGGUGAUGGCAGUACCAUCCGGGUUUAUCUUCUUCCUGAAUUACAGUUUGUGCAAGUUUCGCUGCUGGACUCCAGGCUCCAUCGAUGGGAAGGAGAUCUGCGCAAUAAACUGUUGUGGAGACAGAUGUUGCAUCAGCUCCUAAUGGAGCUGCGCCUCGUGGUCCUCUAACAUCAGCCCAGAGACUCGCUGCCUCAGCAGUAUCGUCCGUGGAGGUUUCCUCUGAUCCGUUUGCUAUGGAAGCCAAGUACUUUACUGAGCUUCGUGUUCCUAAUAGAGAUGUCAGGAGGAAUUGCAACAAAGUAACUCACAUGUAUCUGUAUCUGAAAUCUAGAUGAUCUAAAGUAAGCGGGAUUUUGCAGCUUCGCAUUGUUCUUGAAGGUGUUGACAAGUUCAAAAUCUGAUUGGGUCAAUUUACUAUUCUGUUGGGGAAGAAGUUAAGACUCGGGUCUUGAGCUGGUUGAAAACGGUCUUGCUAAGAAGUAUGUUGAGUGGAGUGCCAACAUGAUGGAGGAAGAAGCCAAAAAGAAGUUAAAAGCUGCAGAACUUCUAUGCAAGAAAAAACGGGUGAAAAUGUGGGUAAAGUAUUACUGCCCGUGGCUUUGGGACUGUGGUUAGACAUCGCGACUUUGAAGAAAGUUCAAACCAUUACGAAGCUCUACUGGGUGCUGCAGCUCGUGCUAUUGCGGGGAAGAAGGGAAUUCAAUCUGCAAAGGACUCUUCAGUCAUGCACGUCACAGACCUAAGUGUGGCCUCGGCCAAGAAGGCUAAAAGAUUUUCUCCCAUCCCUGCACAGAAGUAGGACAAUAUCUGCGGUUGUGGAAUAUGCCCUGAGCGGACAUCGGUUCAAGCUAAAAGAUUCUCUAGUGUCAGAUGUCGUGGCUGUGGCGAACCCUAUUAAGAAGAUGCUAUUGCUUUCAUGAGGCGUAAGAUCAUGCAGUGAGACGUCAGAGAUUGAAGUUGAAACUGUGGACAGAACCGGCCCUUUCUUGGGAUCAAUGUGGGAGCCAAGGACCAACGCAGCAACGUUCCUUCUUGAAGCCGGCCUGGCGAAAAAUGCAGACUGGAUUUGGUGCAGACAAGACUCUGGAAGCGCAUCUUCUUGAAUUGGCAGAACGAUCUGCUAAAAAACAGAAACUGAAGAUUUGGGAAAACUAUGUUGAAGGAGAGGAGGUUGUAAAUGGAAUCAGGAUAAGGUUAGUCCUUACAUUUCGGAGCUGUUACAGAUUGAAGAGCUGGCUAAGCAGGAAGGGCUUGGUCGUUGGAGCAAGGUUACUGAUGCUGCGGAGGCAUCUGUCAGGAGUCUUCCUUCCUUCUGCCGUUGGGAAUUCCUGGAAUUUUUGAUGCUAUAGGUCUUUUAGCCGCAAGUAGAGGCAAGCACAUGGAAGCUUUUGUUUAGCAUCGGUUUCUAUUUAAGAAGAGAGAUGUUGCUUUCAAAUUUUCUCUUUUUCAUGUACUCUUUUAUUUAUUUAUAGACUUGAGGAUUUUCUAUAUUUAGGACUUAGGAGUAGUGGACUACGAUGUUCUUGUUUGACAGAAGGAUCUCAUAGUAAGAGGAAAGCCCGUAAGGAGUAAAGGUUAAAGUGUAGGAAGUUUGGCCCAAGAGUGAGUCGGUUCACUUUGGCGCAGUUGGUUCUAGAAGUAAGCAAGCGAGUAAUAAAGCGUGGAGAGGAGGAAGAUCUGUGGCACGUGCAGGAGACAUUAGCACAUGGCUUGUCGUGUGACUGUAUGACCUUUCUUUGCUAUAAGUUUAGGGAAUAAGGACGUGAGCAUUAUGUGUGACUGUAUGACCUUUCUUUGCUAGUAUUUCUUUUUUUUUUUUGACAAACUUCUUUGCUAGUAUUUCAUUAUUAAUCUUGCGGAAUUGUAUAAUAAGUAAACAUUAAUGACGUUAUAAAUCUUUUUGGUAAUCCAAACUUAGAGAUGA